AAAACUUAAGAAACCUAUAUUAAUUUAGAACAUUCAGAGAUCCUUAAAAAUGAAGAUCGCUUCGAUUUUGGUUAUAAUUUUGAUCGCGAUGAUGUUCUUGGCUAUGACUUGUGCUGCACAAACGGCUGCUGAGUGCAAGGAAGAAAGAAGGCUUGCGGUCAACGCAUGCAGAAACGUGUUGACCGGUAGUCUUCCAUCGUCUGCUUGUUGCCAACGAGCUCGUGUUAGCCAUGCUGCGUGCAUAUGCCCUGCUAUCACCCCGAAAGUGGCUGCACUUGUUGAUAUAAAUCGUUUUGUUAAGCUUGUUGAAGGUUGUGGACGUAGAGUCCCUCGUCACUACAAGUGUGGAAGUAUCACAACACCAUGAGAAAGAUGAUGAAUAUGGUCGAACAACAUAAGAUUGAAUGUCGUGUUUUUUUUAUGUUGAAGCACAUGUGCAUAGGAAAGAAAUGGAGGGGUGUUUGAAAUCCACAUCUAUGUAUUAAUAUUCGAAGUUGAUUGGUUUGUUUGUGUUUUUAAGGUAUAUUUAUUUGAAAAUGCAGUCGUUAUGUUUCACAUUCAUAAUUGAAAUAAGAAUAUAUGUUUGUAAUAGAAGGCCAAAACUUAUUCGGUUGCUGGUGUAUUGGUGAUUAUACAUUAAUGUAUUAUGAGUGAUAAAUAAUAAAAGUAUAAUUGAUAAUCA